GAUAAUCCAUACCGGCUUGAAGAGUAAAACAGUGGAAUCCAUAUCUGGUAACACUGGCAUCUAAAGAUUAGAACCCUUAUAGUAUUGUUAUAUUUUUCCAUAUUUUUUAAUAGCCUAUAGCUUAACUUGUCGAAGUUGUAUUCACAUAUGUUAUGUCCAUUGCAUAAAAGUGAAUCUGUCGGUUUACAUUGUACAUUUAAUUAAUCGCCAUGAAACCUGAGAACCUAAACAAUCUUUCGCAGAAACCUCGAGGAUCAUUGGAUGACUCAACCACUGAAAACAAUUCGGUCAGUAGCGGUUCGGAUAUUGAGGAUAUGAGUGGUGGGACAAGCGAUCAAAAAAGGAUCGUGCAAGGCUUGAAAAAGACAAUUAAAAGGAACAAAACCAAAAUAAAUGAACUCGUUGCCAAGCUGACAAUUUCCGAAAUGCAAUUAGCAAGUGAAAAGGAAAAGUCCAAUCAUAAGGACAGUUUAAUCAAGUCCUUGCACUUUUCAAUCGAUUUAGUUAAUCAAACCAAAGAAUUAAGCAUACAGAAAACCCAAAAUCAAAUCCUAGAUUUGCAAAAUGCUCUCGAUUUGAGAAAGAGUAACUCAAUAGAACCUAACGAUCAGAUCACAAUUGACAAGUUAAAUGCCAAAAUUGAGAAAUUGGAAUGCAUGGUUCAAGAGAAGGAUGAUAAAUGUGUGGAGCUGGAGGAGAAGACCCAAAAGUAUGAAAAUGAUCUGCAAGAAAGAGAUGAGCAAAUAGCCAGGCUAGAAGCCGAACUUAAAACAUAUGAGGUCAAAUUGAAAGAAAAGGAUGACAAACUUGCUAUGUUUUCUAUAACUACUGUAAGGGGACACGAAAAUAGUGAACCACACGUGCUGCUUAACUGCACUAAGGUUUCCUCAAUUAAAUUCGUAACGCCUCAUAAUUUCUUAGAACCCUUCGCAGCAUUAUUUGAGGAUAUCCCUUCAGCCGGUCCUGACUGGAUGGUCAUACAGCGCCGUGUCGAUGGAAGUGUCGACUUUAAUAAACGUGUUGGCAGUUUUUGGGAAGGUUUUGGCGACUUGAGUAGAGAGUUCUGGAUUGGUUGUGAGAAAUUGCACAAGUUGACAUCAGGUCGACGGCAUGAGCUAUACGUCCAACUGGUUGAUUUUGAUGAUGCUACUGCUUUCGCCAGAUACGAUCACUUUGUUAUUGGAAGCAGGGAUGAGCAAUACAAGUUGUUGUGCCUUGGUGCAUACUCGGGAAAUGCUGGCGAUUAUAUGCGAAAGCUGUCAUGACUCGAUAUUUGACGGGUAUUGGGAUUACAACCUGCAAACAGGGUACAGCUUUUGGCAAUUCUACUGACUGGUAUGAGAAAAUUUUAAAAGUUCUUCAGAAAUCUUUUCAUACCGAUAAAAUCCCUUCUAACGUAUUAUUAUAUCAACAAAAAUCAAAAAAAGGUCGUAAUUAUUCUGACUUUUCCUUAAAUUUCUACGUUCUACAAAUUUGAAGAGAUUUCUGAAAACACACGGCUUGUAAGAGUUAAUGAUCAAAAGAAAGUUGCAUAAUAUUUUUUUCCUUUUUAGCAAUUUAAAUGGAAAAUACUACGGAUCUAAAGUUGUGUUGAAGGAAGAAAAUUGAAUUUUUUGGGGUCGUUGGAACUUGGGGGAAAAACAUUCUCUCAAAUCGUGUAAAAUGCUGAUCAGGCCAAAACCAUAAAAGGAUUUACUGAAGAUGAUUUUCAGCAUUUCCAAUUCUCGGACUUUUGAAUUAGGAUUUGCUAAAAGUUUCAAAAGUUCAAAAUAAGAAACAAUAUAUAAAAACUCUGUUAAAAACUUAUCGUCUGUAUUAGUUAAAAUAAAACGA